AUGGCAGGAAAGGGUGGUGCUUCCGUGCGCGUCAAGGCGGUGGCGACAGUUAAGGUCACCGUCGGUGGGUUCCUCGAUGGGCUGAGGCCGUCCAAGAUGAUGGACGAUGUGAAGGACCUCAUCGGCAGGUCCAUGGAGCUCGAGCUUGUCAGCGCCGAUCUUGACGCCAAGACGGGGAAGGAGAAACAGACGAUCAAGAGCUAUGCCCGCAAGGUGUCCGACAAGGACCGUCACAUCGUCACCUAUGAAGCAGGCUUCGACGUGCCGGCGGGCUUCGGCUCCGUCGGCGCCGUGCUGGUCACCAACGAGCACGACACGGAGAUGUUCCUCAAGGACGUGAAGCUCAUCGGCGGUGGCAACUCGGACUCGGAGCCCCACGUGAUCCGCUGCGACUCCUGGCUGCCGCCCAAGUCCGGUGACGCCAAGCGCAUCUUCUUCGCCAACAAGCCUUCACUGCCGAGCCAAACUCCUCCUGGCCUCCAGAACUACCGGAAGAACGACCUCGUGAAGAAGCGCGGUGACGGCAUGGGGCAGAGGACGGCCAACGACCGGGUCUACGACUACGACGUGUACAACGAUCUCGGCUCCGGCGAGGAACCCGGUGCCGUCGGCGCCCGCCCCGUUAUCGGCGGUAACCAGAAGUUCCCCUACCCACGGCGCUGCCGCACCGGCCGCCCCCGAUCCAUCAAAGAUCGGCAGUCGGAGACGAGGAGCGGCGACGUGUACGUGCCGAGGGACGAGGCGUUCUCGGAGGAGAAGAACGUGCAGUUCAAGGUGAAGACGCUGCAGUCGGUGCUCCAUGCCGUGGUGCCGGCCGUGCAGUCCACGUUCAUCGACCGCAACCAAGGCUUCCCCUCCUUCUUCGUCAUCGACAAGUUGUUCGAGGACGGUGUCGUGCUGCCGCGCACUCGAGAGGUCGGCUUCCUCCGCAGCGCCGUGCCGCGCCUCCUUCAGUUCCUCCGCGACGGCCUUGGCGACAAGCUUCUCCUCUUCCAGCGCCCCGCAAAUGUCAAAAAGGACAAGUUUGCGUGGUUACGUGACGAGGAGUUCGCCAGGGAGACGCUCGCCGGCAUCAACCCAUACGCCAUCGAGCUUGUCAGGGAAUUUCCCCUCAAGAGCAAUCUGGACCCGGCAAAGUACGGGCCGGCGGAGUCGGCUAUCACCGCCGAGCUGCUGGAGGCGCAGAUGGGGCACACCAUGACGGUGGCCGAGGCGGUGGAGAAGAAGAGACUGUUCAUGCUCGACUUCCACGACCUGUUCCUGCCGUACGUGCACAGGAUCCGUGCCCUGGAGCACACCACCAUGUAUGGCUCCCGCACCAUCUUGUUCCUUACCGACGACGGCACGCUGCACCUCCUCGCCAUCGAGCUCACCCGGCCGGCCUCGCCGACGACGCCGCAGUGGAGGCAGGUGUUCACUUCGUCCACGGACACCACCAAGUCCUGGCUAUGGCGGAUGGCCAAGUCCCACGUUCGUGCCCACGACGCCGGCCACCACGAGCUCGUCACCCACUGGCUGCGCACGCACUGCGCCGUGGAGCCCUACAUCCUCGCGGCAAACAGGCAGCUCAGCGAGAUGCAUCCCGUCUACCAGCUCCUGCGCCCGCACUUCCGCUACACCAUGCGGAUCAACGCGCUCGCACGCUCCUUCCUGGUCAACGGCGGCGGCAUCAUCGAGAGUACCUUCUCACCUCAGAGGUACGGCAUGGAGCUCAGCUCCGUGGCCUACGACAAGCUCUGGCGCUUCGACACGGAGGCCCUCCCAGCGGACCUCGUCCGGAGGGGCAUGGCAGAGGAGGACCCCACGGCGGAGCACGGCCUCAGGUUGGCCAUCAAAGACUACCCGUUCGCCAACGACGGGCUCCUUAUCUGGGACGCCAUCAAGGGGUGGGUUCAGGCGUACGUUUCCCGGUACUACCCGGACGACGACAGCGUCACACAAGACGAGGAGCUGCAGGCGUUCUGGACGGAGGUGCGCACCGAGGGACACGGCGACAAGAAGGAGGCGCCGUGGUGGCCUAAGCUGGACACGCCGGAGACCCUCGCGCACACGCUCACCACAAUAAUCUGGGUCGCGGCGGCGCACCACGCGGCGGUCAACUUCGGGCAGUAUGACUUUGGGGGGUACUUCCCGAACCGCCCCUCGAUCGCGCGUACCAAGAUGCCGGUGGAGGAGCCCGUGGACGACGCCGCCUUGAAGAAAUUCCUCGACAACCCGGACGAGGCGCUCCGGGAAUGCUUCCCGUCGCAGGUGCAGGCAACGGUGGUGAUGGCGGUGCUGGAGGUGCUGUCCAGCCACUCCCCCGACGAGGAGUACCUCGGAGGGAUGGAGACCGCGCCGUGGGGCGAUGACACCGCGGUGCGGGCGGCGUACACGAGGUUCAACGACGAGCUGAAGGUGGCGGAGGGGGUCAUCAAGGAAAGGAACGAGAACAGAAUGCUCAAGAAUCGGUGCGGCGCUGGCAUCGUGCCGUAUGAGCUCAUGAAACCAUUCUCGCAGCCCGGCCCCGGUGUCAUGCGCAAGGGCAUCCCCAACAGCACCUCCAUCUGA